ACGCGGCCGGCCCGGCGCAGUCGCGGCCAUGGCUCCGAGCGCGCAGGCGGGGGGAGGCCGCGGGCAGGCCCCGGGCCCGGCCCCGAGCCCGAGCCCGGGCCGCGGGAUCCGCGCGGUGCUGCUGGGCCCGCCCGGCGCCGGGAAGGGCACCCAGGCUCCGAAGCUGGCCGAGGCGUACUGCGUCUGCCACCUGGCCACCGGGGACAUGCUGCGGGCCAUGGUGGCCUCGGGCUCCGAGCUGGGCAAGCGGCUCAAGGAGACGAUGGAUUCCGGGAAGCUGGUGAGCGACGAGAUGGUGGUGGAGCUGAUCGAGAACAACCUCGACACCCCUCCUUGCAAGAACGGCUUCCUCCUGGACGGCUUCCCGCGCACGGUGAAGCAGGCUGAGAUGCUGGAUGAGCUCCUGGAGAAGAGGAGGGAGAAGCUGGACUCCGUCGUCGAGUUCAGCAUCCCCGACUCCUUGCUUAUCCGGAGAAUCACCGGACGGCUGAUUCACCCAGCGAGUGGCCGCUCGUAUCACGAGGAGUUCAGACCGCCCAAAGAGCACAUGAAGGAUGAUGUCACUGGAGAGCCCCUGAUCCGCCGCUCGGACGACAACGAAGCAGCCUUGAAAACCCGCCUGAAGGCCUAUCACACGCAGACCUCCCCCCUGGUCUCCUACUACAGCAAGCGAGGGAUCCACACGGCGGUCGAUGCCUCCCAGUCUCCCGACGUGGUGUUUGCUAGCAUCCUGGCAGCCUUCUCGAAAGCAACAUGUAAAGACCUGGUUAUGUUCAUUUAGGGCUCUGUCCCAGGACGGAGCUCUCCUUCUCUGUCUCUCUCCAUCUCUCUCUCUCUCUCUCUCUCUCUCUCUCUCUCUCUGUCUGUUUGGGGCCAGGGAGGGUGAAGAGCUAAGCAGAGUAGAAGAGGGAAUGAUGAAGCCCAAGGCAGGGCUUUGCCAAUUCUCUAUUAAACGAGCUGUUAACGGUCUCCAUCUCAGCACAUGCGAGUGUCAGUUUGUGUGCACGUGUGGGCGAUUUGGCCCCUAGAGGUCGCAGCGAGCCUGAGCACCAACUGCCCGCUGCCAGAAGCGGGGCUUGCACCCCUUAGGGUCGAAAGGCUUUUGUUUCGUCCUAGAGCUGCAGCUCCCCAGGGGAAGCAGCUGCACCUCCAGCUGUCCCCGGCUGCUCCACGGAGGAUGAGCAGGAGAUUGGAGAUCAGGCCUGAGCAGCGGGGGGAAAGACUUUCACAGGGUACCCGAUAGGGGAUGCUCUGUCAGCUGCAGGAGACGAAAUGGGCUUGUGGGGAGCGCGUGAAGGGCUGUGCGUGUCGUCAGGGGGAGCAGCAGCGGGAGGCAGAGCUUGGCUGUGAGUGUGUGCAGAGCUGGGUGAGGGUUUGUUCUUGUUGAAUGUGCGUUACUCUGUGUGACACGGCAGUCUGUGAGAGCACAGAUCACUUUUUCCCCCGUUCUGACGGUGUUUGUAGGGCAAAAAAUGGGUGGGUGAGAGCUGGGCUCAUUGUGGACCCUAAACCCUUUCCAGUUGAGGUAUGGACCCCAAUAUAGCGAUUAUUAGUGAGAAGGGUUUUUUUAAUGAAGUCUCUGGUCGAGUUAAGGCAGUCCACGUAGCAAUUUGUCAUGUCCUGAGGACAAGAAAUGGAUUUGGGUGUUGGUUUUCUCACUGCCCUCUUCCCUUGACUUUGGCCAAGGAGGUGAAGGUGCGUUUAGCUUCCCCUGAUCCCAAAGUCUAAAUAAAACCUUAUUGCAAAACGAAUGUUUUUUUUUUUUUUUUUUCCAAGGCCUGGGAGGCACAGUUACUAACUACUAGCAUCACGUGCCCUUGAGCCAGUGCCCUUUGUUGUGAGAGCAUGGAAAUGUACUCGUUUCUUGAGCAAAUCAAGCGGCUUGCUCUGGCUGUCCGUCUGAGGACACCGUGUGCGUUGUGCUUAGUGUCCGGGCUCUCUCGGGGCUGUUACACCGCCGCUAUCCAGCAACCUUGCGAGGCUGGUGACAACCCUUGCUCGUGAGAUUCCAGCCCUGUUAUAGAUGCCGACUGGCCAGAUAAAACUGUCCUUUGGCCUUUCGUGUAUGUUGAAGGAUGUAGUGUCACUGAGCACGCCCCCUUCGAGGAGAUGGCAUGUCUCCCUCUGCACCGAGCCGCUGUGUGUCUAUAGCAGGUGCCCAGCCCUCAGGAAACCAUUGCUGUUUUUCUUGGUAACUUCUCUUUUGGCUGCAAAUGACCCUGUCCUCGUACAUCCUUUCCAGGGAAGCAGCCCUCUUCCCUUUCAGCAAACUGGAAAUGAUGCCAGAAACUGAAAGCAGUUGACUUGUUGCUCUUGAAAGCAUGUGAGUGUGGGGACAGGGGAUUUGAAAGUAGCUAAGGGUGCUGGUUUCGUCAGCAGCCCGAGUUUCCACAGAUGGCUGUCACCUUGUCUCUUGUCUCACUUUCCUGUGAAAGGGCAGCCCCGGUGCGUGGAGGCCGCGUGUGGGAAGGGGGGGCAGCACUUAGCGCGGGGCUGCUGCGCUCCGCAAUAGUGGAAAAUGUGCGUUAGAGCUGCCUCUGCGUCUCGGUGACUGUAAAGAUACUGAGUGGAGCAGCUUUUAUCUCGGCAUCGCAGGAGAGUCAAAGAAAGCUGCGGCACCCUGCGCGCUGCCGUGAUGGCAGGAAGGGUUCCUGGCCAGGUGGUGCUCCUGGACUUGGUCGAGGUUUUGCCCCACAGCAAGAACAAUGUGUGCUUCCACUCUGCUCCUUUUCCCCUUCGUGUUUACUUUGCGUCCAGCUCAACAGCCCUUUUCUGCCAUAAACCGUGAUUCAUUUUGUUUUUUUUUCCCCCUAAAUCUAUUUUUUUGUUCCCAUUUAUUCCAGCUGAGUGACUUCGUGAACCAGAUGAGAAACCGCCAAACGCUGCGCGCUGCUACAUCACCCAUUGCAGCCCUCCCCUGGUGCGGGGGGGGCAGGGAGGGCAGCUGGGGGGGGGGAUUGAUGGGAGGGGAAAAGGAGGUGGAGGACAAGGGGGUUGGGGGUUGAUUUGGUUGGUAUUUGUUUGGAUUUCUUACUCGGCAGAAUCAUUUUGAAGAGGAGAUUACCUUCUCCUUAGAAAUCAGUGUUUAGAAGGCAAAAUAAUUGUACAGAGAGAAACAUCCGUGCUGAAGCCCAUACCCAGGUCCUUGGUCUGUUCGGAGGGGAGGGCUAGAUGCUGUUCCAGGCUCCUCCGGGACCUUUUGCGCUUGUCUUACGGCUCUUAGCUGGAAGCCACCGCAAGGUUUGCCAUGAUUCUAAAGCUGCUUCCUGUCAGCGAGGACCAAAAUGAACAAACAACUCAUUUCUGAAGUAGAAAGGGGAAAAAAAAAAAGGCCAUGGUCUUUUCCUGGAAGUUUAGUUUUUCUUGUUCUGCUGCAUUCCUCAACCCUCGGGGCACAGAGGCUGCUCGAGGUUUUUCUGCUGGUGAACUGAGGGGCUGCGGCUCUAGUCCAAGCCUGCCUUACUUGGCGUUGGGGUGGCUUUUCUGUGAUCUUGACCAAGCUGGAAUUCACAUAAUGCUGAAGAAAUGCAAAAGAGACUUUCUUAAUUGACUGCAUAAAUAACACUUAAUUGUUUUUUUUUUUUGCAUUUCUUUCUAGAUCAAAUGGUGCCUUGUCUAACCUCUGAAUCAAUAAUAAAAUAACCUCUUUACAUUUUG